AUGGACAUCGACGACGACGAUGACUUCUACGCUCCCGACGAGCCCGAAACCACCCAGCCUCCUGCGGCCCCAGCAAACACCAAUGCGCCGGCAGACCAGCACGACGAGGACCUAGAGGAAGGAGAAGAAGAGGAUGAGGGAGCUGACAUGGACGAAGAUGACUCUGACAUCGACAUCAUCACGGAACGGAAAGAUGGCACAAAGGCUCCCCCCCCAGCUCAGUCUAAAUACAGCGAUAUCAGAAACAUACCCCAACGGACAACGUCAAGCGACACAGCUACGAAACCGGCCAUCAAGAAGGAGGAGUCCAGGUCCGUAUCGGGAGCAGAACUGCCUGCCGUGUCCACCUCCAAGAUCGACGUCCAUGCCAUUCCCAUACAUAAGGGCACGGGCAAGCCCAUCACCCAAGUGAAUAUCGACGAUGAUCUCCCAGAGAACGACAAGCCUUGGCGCAAGCCUGGUACGGAUCUGAGCGACUACUUCAACUAUGGCUUCGACGAGUUCACAUGGGCCCUCUAUGCUGCCAAGCAGGAGGGUGUCCGUGGAGAGUACAGUCAGGAUGCCAUCGCCAACAACAACAAAAAGAUGAUGGAGGAGAUGCAGAUGAUGAUGAUGGGCGGCAUGCCUGGAGGCGGGGCAGGCGGCAUGCCAGGAAUGCCAGGUAUGGACGGCAUGCCGCCGGAGAUGCAGCAGAUGAUGCAACAGAUGAUGCAGUCUGGCAUGGAUCCCAGUCAGAUGGAUCCCUCAGCCAUGUUUGCCGGCAUGCAAGGCAAUGGAGGCAACGCAGGUGCCGGCCAAGGAGGCCAGAACCAAAACUUCGGCGGCCAAGGCUUUGGUAACCAGCAGGGCCAAGGAUUCGGUUAUGGUGACGGGGGCAUGGGCCGUGGUGGCUUUGGUGGUCGAGGGCGUCGGGGUCGUGGGAACUGGUAG